AUGAAAACGUCAAAAAUACAUCAACAGAACGAACGAAAAUACGAUGUGCUUGUCCGUCCUAAAAUGAUUUUAUUUCAAUAAUAUAAAUAAACAUAAAAUAGAUAAAGGAGGAGUUUAGAAUCUCAACUGUGUCGGAGUGUAAAUAUAAUGUUUUUAAAAAGCGAUAUCCUUAAAGCGAUUUCAUUUAGGAAUCCUGUGAAGUUACCAUUCUCGUACUGGGUGUUGGUGGUCCUGAGGUUCGUGCUGACCGCGCUGCCGCAGCAUGGUUACAUACAUCCAGACGAAUUCUUCCAAAAUGUCGAGGUUAUCGCAGGUGACAUAUUUGCAGUUGACAUCUCAAGAACAUGGGAGUUCAACCCAAAGUUCCCCAUCAGAAAUAUUUUCAUCCCCAAAAUGAUCCUGGGUCCACCUCUUCAUUUUAUACGAUUAGUUAACCCUUAUGCCAAACAUUAUCUCAAUGUGGAUUUCAAAACUCCAUUCUACUUGCUGGUAAUUCCUCGAAUUUUUAUAUGCUUGCUGUCGCUCAUAAAUGACUACUGUUUGUACAGAAUUUGCGUUAUAUAUGGACAAAACUUUAGAAAUAGACUAAAGAUUUUCGCAAGCUCCUAUGUUGUUUUCGUCUACUGCUGCAGGAGUUUCUCGAACACAUUUGAAAUGAUUUUUUUCUCCAUGCUCCUACUUAUAGUAGCUGAAUGCAUGAUGAAAUCCGACAAAGUCAUUCAUCACAACGAAUUUCUUAAAGAGAAAUAUGAGCAGGCAACGUCGGCUGUUGAAAAAGUUAAGAUUUUCAAGAUGUCCACACAUCUUCCCAGUCAUAGCUUGAACAAAGUUAUAGUACUGUCUACAAUUGUAGUAAUAGGGAUCUUCAAUCGUCCUACGUUCGUAGGUUUUGCUUUCCCGCCGAUAUUCUUUUGGCUUCAUAGAGGGUUAGGUUCAAAAGUGGUGGGUUUUAAGGAUUUUCACUAUAGGAUAUUUAUGUUUAUAAUGUGUGGGGUUCCGACGGCGUUGUUGCUGAUUCUUGUGGACUCGGGGUACUAUGGGUACAUAACGAUGGCGGAUAUAGAGUCUCUGAAGGUGUCGUGGGACAACUGGGUGGUGACGCCGCUGAACUUCCUGCGGUACAACUCGGACAUGCGCAACCUGACGCAGCACGGGCUGCACCCGCGCUGGCUGCACUUGGCAGUCAACGUGCCGCUGCUGUUCAACGUGCUGGGGAUACUCGCCAUCGUCACUCUGUCCGUCAAUACCUAUAGGUUUGUUCGCGGGCAAUACAGCAAGUUGCCGCGAAUACAGAGCAUCACAGGUCUGAUGUUAUUCUCUCUAGUCAUACCGAUCGCCGCGCUCUCACUGUUUCCGCACCAGGAGGCGCGCUUCAUCAUUCCAGUACUCGUACCUCUCAUAUACCUGUUCGGAAACCACCUCCACACCAACGAGACUGACGGACCACGAACAAGAAGAUUCAAAACAACGAUUCGUUACACUUGGUAUACAUUAAACGCUCUACUUACUCUAUUCUUCGGAUUCAUCCAUCAAGGAGGCAUUUACCCUUUCGCGAAUAGCCUUUUCCAUGAAAUCAAGAACAACUAUGGAGUCCACACUCAUGUUAUAACGACCCAUAGUUACAGUAUACCAACAUUUCUACUCCAGUUGGAAAGUACCACGAAAGUGUACAAGGAUAAGAAGACUGGACAUAAGUAUAGGCUUGCACCAACGACUUUUAUACACAAGUAUGGGUCUUUACCUAUGCAUCAUCUAUUUGUAAAGGUUGAUGACGUUUUGACCAACGCUGAGAUGAUGUUGCAUGAUUACAAAAAGAGGUAUAGGUUUUAUAUCGCAUCGCCGUGCUCUUUGGAGCAGGAUCUCCGGUCGGCGGCUGCAAAGUACCACUAUUUUGAGCUUAUCGAAGAGUUUUCCUACUACCCCCACUUUUGUACGGAAGCCUUUCCUAAAUUCCCGUCGAGUCAUGACCAAUAUUGUCUUGAUAAUACCUUUUUACGAGCAAAUGAGUCUCGCGCUAUAGAUCUGAAUAUGUUACAAAGAAUCUCGUGCUUUAUGAAAAAGUUCUGUCUUAGGAUUUAUAGAGUUAAGCCUGUAACGAAACAUCCAAGUGGUUAUAGUUAAUUUUACAAUUCCAGUUAGCAAUUAUGUAAUUUUAUUGAAGUCGUAUACACGCCGCCUAAUUAUGGUUACUUAUUACAUAAUUAAUGCUCAAUUUAAUUUCCAAUCUCCCCAUCAAAGACAUUUUUAGUAGAAUAAUUAUGUACCUACAAUUGUAAUUUUACUUAUGUAAAAAUAUGCCUUCUUAGUAACGUAAGUGUAAUGUUCGCAAUUUGGCUGCCAUUGAAAAACCCAGCGAUUUAAGCGUUUUAAUAAUUUUAUUGGGUAUAGAGUAAGGAUAUGCUUUUAAAGUUUAUGUUUAAGACGGUAACAAUGUACCUUUAAACCCAGAGCACUUUUAUUUUUAUCGACUUUUAUAUUUAACCAAGAUUGUUGUUAAGUAUUUUAAAUCACGUGCACUUGAUACGUUACGUAAAAUAAAGCUGGUAGCUUUUUAAAUUAUAAUUUGCUCAAUUUGUCUUAAUUCAUAAUAUUAUUGAUAAGAUUCUGUCGCAAAUAUUAUUUACUUAUUUUGAUUUUUUUUAUUUACUUAGACUUAUUUUAUCUUUACACUUACUUUUUUGUACUUAGAUUUUUAAUGCAGAGGGAUAAACCCUCUAUCUUGCAAAAAAGUUUCAACGUCUUUUUAAUUUUGAGAUCUUUUUUAUUUUUAUUUUAGAUCGGCAGGUAUGUUUUUCUGUAUUCUUUUCUAGUCAAUACUUAGAGCCAAAAUCUCCACAAAUACUAAGUAAUAUUUUUUAUAUGAUAACUAGAAUUGGCAGUUUUUUUUUUAUAAAACUGCUAAAUCCGUGAAGUUUUUUGUUUGACCCUAUUACUUUUUUAAGACACCUAGACUUGUAUUCCUUUCAUAUAAGAAAUGUUCCAAGUUGUGGAAGCAGUUGUAUGGUUUCUCUACUGUACCAGGUUAUAAGUAGGUAAUAGGUAUACUUUAUGUAUCAGUGAAAAGGUUCAAUAUUGCUUGACAUCUAAACAUUUAAUAACAAGAUAAUUUAAAGCCUAGAUACCUACAAAGUAAGCAACAAUGUGUGUCAGAAGAAGCAGGGUUUUUUUUAUUGUUCACCUAGUGUGCUUUGUGUAGCUGUUUAAGUAAAUAAUAUAGGUAACUAACUAGGUUGCCUGCCCAGGUCAGACUUUGUGCGACAGAUAAUCGGGCCGAUAUUUUGUAGGACUAGGGUUUUCUCACCGACUUUAUGUAGGGUGUGUGCGUUGCACUAUUGUUCAGUGUGUUUUAUUGUUCUCUUACAAAAAUGGGUCACCGAUUAUCGGACGCUGGCGGGCCUUAUCGGCAUUUACAUUUAUAAUCAUUGUAUUACCGGCACUUGCAUUUGUGUGUGAUUUUUUUUUCUUUGGCCACUACAUUUUUCAUAGGCACAUGAAUCUUAUUUUAUUUUUGUUUUAUUAACAAUGCAUUUUGCGAAUCUCGAACUAUGAUCUAUUUAGUAAUAUUUAUAUGAAUGGACCGCUUAUUGCUGUGUAAAGCGUAGGCCUUAAGAUAUUGUGUUUUAAUAAAUACAUAAUAAAGACAUUUUGU